GGGGGGGGGGGACGGGGGGGGGGGGGUUGGACUUGAAGUUCAAGAGGCAGGGAGUGGGAUUUCCCUGGCAGCAGAGAGGUGUGUGGCAGCUAGUCUACGAGGAUCCAUCCACAGCCAUUCAGGGGCGAUAGAUCAGAGAGCCAGAGACGGGCCAGGAGGGUUUACCAGGCACAGGGGCGUCAAGGUCUUCAAACCCAUCCAGACAGGAGUAGACUGAGAGCUGAGGAGACCAGAUAUGGGCCUGGCCAAUGAACAAGGGAACUCCCUCAAGGAGCCAGAGUCGCGUCACAUGCUCAUCAAAGGGCCGGGGGCCCCUCCCCCCAAGAAGGAGCGACCGGGGCCCCUGGCACUGCGCAGGCGGCACUGCAAGGUGGCCCCCAGAGACGUCUUCACUGACACCAUGUUGGCAGUGGGCGGCUGGACUCAGGAUGAGCCGUCGUGUCCGGUGGAACAGUUCUGUCCGGAGUACAACGAGUGGAGGGUGGCGGCACCCAUGGUCAAUCGCCGUGGCAACGCGGCAGUGGGAACCCUGGGCGGCAAGGUGUACACAGCCGGAGGACAGGACAGCAUCCGUUGCUACGCCAACGUGGAGAGGUACGACCCACACACGGAUGUCUGGAGUGUAGAAAUAGCCCCACUGAGCAGCCCCCGCACAGGAGUCUGUCUGCUGGAGACGGAUGGAUACCUGUACGCCAUCGGAGGCUGGGACGGCAUCACUGCCAGCAGCGCCGUGGAGAGGUACGACCCGGUGCUGAACUCCUGGAGCAGACAGGCCCCCAUGAGGACCAGGCGCUCCCACUCUGGGGCCGCCCUGCUAGGGGGGCACCUCUACGUCAUGGGGGGCCGUGAUGGAGAUACAGUCCUGAACUCAGUGGAGCGCUACUGCCCUGAGGAGGGCUCCUGGUCAGCCUGCCCCCCCAUGAGGAGUGCGCGGGAGGGGGCGGGCUGCACCGCCUACCUGGGCCGGCUCUACGUGGCGGGGGGCCGUGACGAGCUGCGGCUGGACCUCAGCGCUGUGGAGCGCUACGACCCCGACACCAGGAGGUGGAGCCCCGUGAAGCACAUGACCUGCAAGAGGAACCAGGCGUCGCUGGUGGUCUUCAACGGAGCCCUGCUGGCGGCGGGGGGGUCCGACGGUGUGGUCCACCUGAAGAGCGUGGAGGUGUACAACCCCGAGAGCAACACGUGGAGGCACCAUGGGAGCAUGAGGAGCAAGCACCCCGGGGGGGCACUGGUCGUCCUGUCCUGAGGGUUGGGGGGCCUGAACCCCACCCCCUGGUCCAGAGCUCUGCAGGUCUACAGCGCGCCCUGGGUGGACCCUCGUCUGGCUCCACCGCCCACAUGUGGGGCUGUCGGUGUUGAAAGUUCUUUAACAGAAGAGGCCGGGUCUUGUACUAACUAGCUUUGUUGUAUAUGGGGAAUGGGUUAACCUAGUGAUUGUUAGUGCUUGGCACUUGGUUCUAUGAACAUCAUUACUGUACCGACAGAGAUAUAUUGUUGUUUCUCUUUCUUCUGACAAAUGUAGUUAUUGUAAGUCGCUUUGUAUAAAAGCGUCUGCUAAAUGCCCUAAUUAUAAAUGUCGAUGCCUGCAAACAAACACAUUUUUUUCCACCAUUUGUUUCAUGUAUUCAUCUGCAUGUUGUGUAUUGUAUAAAUGUACAUGUAUUCAUCUCUUGUUGACGUUCUCUAUGUGUGGACAAAGAUCAUAUAAAGAUAUCAUAUCAUUAUAAAUGGUUAUAUAUACAGUACCAAACAAGUGAAGUAGGAUCUGAUGAUGGGAGUAAUAAGUUAAGGCACAAAAAGUAAUAUUUUAUUUUAUUUUAUUUACAUUUUUGGAAAAAUUAAUGUAUUCAAAGUUUUGGUGAAACAAGAUGCCGGGCUGGAGGCCAGGAUUAAGAACGCAAUACAGAAGUGUAGUUUAGAGAUGGAAACACGCACGCACGCACGCACACACACACACACACACACACACACACACACACACACACACACACACAC